AUGGCAGGGUCCACUGUCUGCAAGAUCACCAUACUGUUCCUAGUCCUGCUAUUCCCGGAGCUCCACGUGGCAGGCACCCUUGCAUCUGGAUCCUCUCCCCGGAAUCUGCCUGAAACCCAGCCCCACCUUCCCAGCUCUACACUGUGGGUGCCUCAGCCCAGUCAUCAUGGCCGACGGGGCCUGGGCAAGAAGGACAGGGGCCCAGGCAUGCCCAGCCGGGGCCAGGAGGGGGCUGUGGUCACUGCUGCUAGGCAGGCUUCCCGGAUAACGCUUGGACAGCGCCCUUCCGGCCUUCUGCAGGACAAGGAGCUGCUUCUGGGGCUGGCAUUGCCCUAUCCUGAGAAGGAGCCCCGGUCUUCUGGGUGGGAGAGGAUGAAGAAACGUGGCAGAGAACACAAGAGACGCAGGGACCGGCUGCGUCAGCACCGAGGACGAGCUGCCAUCCGCGGGCCCAGCUCCCUAAUGAAGAAGGUGGAACCUUCUGAAGACCAGAUGCUGGAGGCUGCCACAGAGGAGUCUUCUACCAGCCUGGCCCCAACCAUGCUCUUCCUAACCACAGCAGAUGUUGCCACGCCUACCCCAGAGGAGUCCCGGAUCCUGCCUGUCACCUCCCUGCGGCCCCAGGCACAGCCCAGGUCUGAUGGGGACGUGAUGCCCACGCUGGACAUGGCCUUAUUUGACUGGACUGACUAUGAGGAUUUAAAACCAGAGGUCUGGCCUUCUGCAAAGAGGAAAGAGAAACACUGGAGUCAGUAUGCCAGUGAUGGAAACGAGACGUCGCCAGCUGAGGGGGAACCUUGUGACCAUCACCAGGAUUGCCUUCCAGGAACUUGCUGCGACCUCCGGGAACAUCUCUGCACGCCCCACAACCGCGGCCUCAACAACAAAUGCUUUGAUGACUGCAUGUGCAUGGAAGGGCUGCGUUGCUAUGCCAAAUUCCACCGGAACCGCAGGGUCACUCGGAGGAAGGGGCGCUGCGUGGAACCUGAGACAGUCAACGGGGACCAGGGAUCCUUCAUCAACAUCUAGCGCCCUAGCGGUGCCUCCCCACAGGCCGGGGUUCUGAGCUAGGGAAGUUUGGACAAAUAAGACCGCGUCAGUAACUAGCUCAGAUUGGGGCUGCGUGGGGGACCCAAUGACUGCGGCUACGGGUGCAGCCCCGGUUCACUCAUCCCCAAGCUGGGUGAGGGCUUGGUUGAGAGCAGCUGUGUUUGCCAUCCCAGGUGGUACCCACGCAGCUCAUGGAGCCCGCUCUACGUGAUAGUCGUGUCGAGCGCGCCCUCUUCUGCUUGACAUCAGCAUUACAGCAGCUUCAAUUUGGAAAAUUGAGAGGUUUCCCGGCCUGGAAAGGAUUGGAAAGAGAGGACACCUGACAGGAGUGGCUCUGGAAUACUCUGUCCCAGGCAAACGCCAAGCACCACCUUCAUUUUUACUGAAUUUCCACAGAGACCGUGGCAAGAGACCGCUGAAGCACUCUUGAGUUGCGAAACCUGUCCACCCAUGAUCCUCCAUCUUUGGCAGCAGACACAACUUGACUGUCUUCAGCCUUCCCCAACAGAGGCUUAUCGUCUUUUUGAGAGACAUAGUCUCACUCUUUGGCCAACCUGGCCUUUGGGAACUCAGACAAUCCCCCUGCCUCUGUCUUCCAAAUGCUGGGAUUACCAGGAGUGAGUCAGCAUAUUUGGCAGGUGUAUCCUCCUUAAAAUCAAAGCAUGGGGCGCGGUGGGGUGUGGCUAACCCUAGUUUCCAUCCCCAAGCGUGGUGUCAAAGGCAGCCGGUGCUGGAGGAUCAGAAGUUAAAGGUCAUCUUCGGCUACUUAGCAAGUGUGAGAUCAGACUCCAGGAGACUGUGUCUCAAGCAAAACAAAAUAAGCCAUUAGCCUAGCCUGCACAGGGCCCUGGGUUUGACCUCCACUCAUUCUCCUCCACUCCCACUUCUUUCCCCCAGGCCCCUCCACACGGGGGAUGCAUGCGUUCAGGUGAAGGAGGGUCCCUGUGAAAGGUCCUUCCCUCUGACACGUGCUAGCCAUAGUCAUGAAGUGGCUGGGGUUAACUUUCCUGGUGUGGCCUGGGUCAUGGGGUCGCUCCCUCCUAAGCUGUCCUCAGAGUUCCCCACCCCCGCUGGAAUGGCAAGCACAUGCCACCCUGAGUUCACUUGACACGAUGUUUGGUGACUCCCAACUUCCCUAAGACCAUCUCUGGACUCCAUCCCUUCGCUUCAGCAACAAUGCCCCUCGGAAAGUGGGGUCACCUCCAAGACUGUGCAGCCUUCAUGCUCACAGGCUAGAACCAUGAUGACAACCUCACCAUUAUUGUCACCGCCCGGAAUGUGUGUCCCAGCAGAUCUGGAGUCACCUCAGGAGCCACCUCAGGAGAACCCUUUAGACCCUUGCUCCUGGCAUCUCCCUCCUGGUCAACCUUUGCAAAGAAAAAAAAAAGCCUUCCCUGCCCCCGCCCUCCUCAGCCUGGACCACAUCCAUGGGAUGCCAGGGCUGUUUAUGGCUUUGGGGUAACCAGUCUGGUCCAGGGAUCAGGCACCAAGGAAAACAAGCAGAUCUAGAAGAAAUCAAAUACGCUUGUUCUUCUUUCUCAAGUUGGGUCUGAUAGGCCUGGGAAUGGGGGUCAGGGCCAAUAGCCGGAAGGAUCAAAGCGGCAAUGGGAAAGCAGGUUCUAAGGCAGAUUCAUUUUCCUUUCUGUAAUACCAGGGCCUUGCGUGUUCCAGGCAAGUGCCCUGCCGCUUAGCUACACGCUAACUGGUCUGGGCUUCGAAGUCUCCAAAGGCUCCCCAGGAGGCUACCAUGGCAGCCUGAGAACAUUGGUCCCUGCCCUCCUACCUGCUGCAGCAUACUGCUAUACACAGCCUGCGCCUCCUCUCACACUUCGCUGACCUUACGGAAGUUGCUCACGGUCUGUGUGCCUUGCCUUUUCAAAGAAAUGAAAAUGCCUGAUUCUUAAAAUAGUG